UUGAGUGGCAAAAGUCAUCAGCAGUAACUGAAUCGACAAAAUAACAACAAUAAUUCCGCUUCUGCCCCCGUCGUCAGCAUAGAAGUUUCGUCAUAUUGGGUCGACUAUAUUUGCCCAUUGUCGACAUUUUCUUCAAAUUUGCAGUGUCAUUCUCUCCCAGAACGUUCAUAGGACGAGCGGACAAAACCUUUCGUGUGUGUGAGUUCACAGUUGGCAGUGAGUUAGUCGUCUCUACCUCGAGCAGCAUUCUUUCAUUAAACACUGGUUUGUAUAAUUUUUCCAGAAAAAAAAAUACUCGUCAACAAAAUGAAGGUGACUGUGACGAGCUUGGAUGAUAAUAUAUUCACACUGGAGGUGAACGAGGAUUUGGAGUUGGAAAACUUUCAAGCAUUUUGUGAAGUUGAGUCCGGAAUUCCUUCGCUUGAAAUACUUAUCGUAUUUAAUGGAGUUCCUCUAACCGAUGGAGCUAAAACUCUAAAAGAAUAUGGAAUAAAAGACGGGGACAUGGUAGUUCUUCAGCAUCAUCGACAACAAAAUUCCGCAAGUACUUUGGGCUCGGGGUCAACUCCUGGAUUUGGAUUUUCAUUGCCGCAACAGAACUCACAAUCACAAUUGCCUCGAUUCGACUUUAGUGGAAUUCAGGUGCCAGGGCGUGGCGGAGCGGGUGCAUCAGGAUUUUCUGGAGGAGGAGCAGCACCCAGGGACGAAUCAAGCCCAGCCUAUAUUAGGGACACCUUGUUAAAUGAUCCUGAACAAUUGGCUAUCGUUAAACAAAAUAAUCCAGCGUUGGCAGACGCAUUACUUAGUGGAGACUUUGAAAAAUUUUCCAAUAUGAUCAAAGAGCUUCAACGACAAAGGAAGCAACGAGAGGAGCAGCGACUCCGGCUACUCUCUGCCAACCCAUUUGAUCUAGAAGCUCAAAAACUGAUUGCCGAAGAAAUUAAACAAAAGAAUAUCGAAGCAAAUAUGGAAGCCGCUAUGGAAUAUAAUCCAGAAAGUUUUGCAACUGUGGUAAUGUUAUAUAUUGAUUGCAAAGUUAAUGGGCAUCCCAUUAAGGCUUUCGUUGAUUCAGGAGCACAGACCACUAUUAUGUCCACAGCAUGUGCAGAACGGUGCCACAUUAUGAGACUGGUGGAUACUAGAUUUUCAGGAAUUGCCACAGGUGUAGGUACUCAAAGGAUUCUUGGGCGCAUUCACAUGUGUCAAAUCCAAAUAGAAGGCUCUUUCCUGACAUCUUCCUUUUCCAUUUUGGCGGAUCAGAAGAUGGACAUGCUGCUUGGGCUCGACAUGCUCAAACGACAUCAAUGCACCAUUGAUCUCAAACGAAACAUGCUAGUUCUUGGAACGUGUGGUACUGAGACCCCAUUUUUAUCAGAGAACGAACUUCCUGAAUCUGCGCGGCUGUCAUUUACAAAGUCUGAUGGUACUGUGGAAAACGAACGAGCAAUGGAUGAGCUAGGCGGUGAGGAAAUUGGACUAGCCAAAGCGAUUGAAGAAAGUGUACGAGAGCAGAAAAAGAACAACCCAAGCUCUUCUAAUCCUUCCUCCAUAUCUACCCAAGCAGUCGAUGAGGCGAAGAUACAAAAAAUUAUGAAAAUGGGAUUUCCAAGAGACCAGGUGAUUACAGAACUCCAAAGAUCCAACGGAGAUGAAACUGCUGCUGCCGCUGCGUUAUUUGCAAAGUCGUUCAAGUUUUAAUCGUUUUAUCGUGUUGAGUUGUAAUAUUGACAUGUACUUGUAAUUACAUCUUUUGGACACGUGACAAGUUUACAUGGUAUUUAUAUAUGUCAUCUUUAAUGCGUGUCUACAUAUGUGUACUUAUAUAUAAGUAAGGCCUUGAUAUAUAUGUAUAUAUAGAUAUAUAUAUGAAAAUCCCUCUGUAAUUUGACAAACAUUUCUUGUCAGUUCUUCUGUCAAUUGUGGGCAAGAAAUGUACAUACAGAUAAACCUGACAUUACAAUUCAAUUUUGAAACGAUUUUCUCAAGUCAGAUUCUCAAUUUGGCGCAUGUGAGCUAACGACCUACUUUCAUGAGGUUAGCGUGGUCUCUCUCUCUCUCUCUUCAUCUCCCUGCUCCCAACAAAGUCUUACAACAACGUGGAAAAUAGUAUGAAAGAACUCGUUCUCGAGGUAGGAGAAAGUAGAAAUCCAGUUAGUUGUAUCUGGCUGCUAUUAAAUUGUUUGUCUAAUCAACUUUUAUAACCAUCCAUUCAUAUCAAUUGUGUUAAAACCAUAUAUUACUAUCCUAAAAAACACAAAGUGUAUUUUACCUUUAUAUUUACUCAAGAAAAUCGUUGAUGUGAAGUGAAACUUUCACUUUACACAUACACUGGAUCGAUCUAUAAUAAGGGGCAGGGUAAGACAUUGUAUUUUCUACAUGGAAUUUCUGCAUAAUAUAUCCGAAAUACGACCACUCGAACAAUAAGUCUUCUUACCAAUGAUAUUUUGUCACUGUCACUGUACAAUUUUACAAUUUAUUACCGGUAAUCUAUUUUACAUGAUUAGGUGAUAAAAGGCACACACUUAUUAUAUAUAAAUGUCCAUCAAACCAGAGUAUUCUUCAGGAAUAAAGCAAUAAAUAUUCAUAUACUUUCAUGUAUCUAA